AUGAGGAAUUGGCUGCAAAAGAUAGGCUACAAGGACGUCGAUGUGGCAGCCUUGAACAUUGUGCACGUUGCUGGCACCAAAGGCAAAGGCAGUACCUGUGCUUUCACUCGAUCUCUGUUGCAAGAAUGGGGCAAGAGAACAGGCUUUCCCAACAAAAUAGGGCUCUACACCUCACCUGAUCUUACAAGCAUUCGGGAGCGGAUCCAAAUCAAUGGGCAACCCAUCUCCGAAGAUCUGUUUACCAAGUACUUUUUCGAGAUUUGGGACCGGUUGUUCUCUCAGCAGGACGGAGAGGACGAGAGACAGCCUCGAUAUCUGCAAUUGAUUGCAUUGCUAGCCAUUCACACCUUUUCUCAGGAGGGAACCCAAGCGGCCAUCUCUGAGACGCAUCAUGGUGGCGAAUAUGACGCUACAAACGUUGUUUCUGCGCCCGUAGUGACGGGAAUAACUUCCAUCGGACUAGACCAUCUGGCGCAGCUGGGACCCGGUAUCGAGGAUGUGGCCUGGCACAAGGCUGGCAUCUUCAAGCAUGGGACUCCUGCUUUCUCUGCUCCACAGGAGCCCGCGGUCGAAGCUGUGCUGAGAUCUCGGGCGGCUGAAAAAGGUGUUCAGUUUGAGGUAGUCCCUGUCAAUCCUUCUCUGCCUCUCAAUGCGAACGCUUUGCCCGCGCAGGUGCAACGUAUCAAUUGUUCCCUGGCCAUUGCUCUCGUCAACGCUUUUCUCUCCCGAAAGAGCCCGUUUGAGCAAAAGAAGCUCAGUGAGCAGGACAUCCAGCAGGGUAUUGAGAAUUUCUCGUGGCCAGGCCGAUUUGAGGUGAUCAAAACCGCCAGUUGUACUUGGUUUCUCGAUGGAGCUCACAACGAAUUGAGCAUUGGGCAGGCGGUGGAGUGGUUUGCUGAGAUGGCCACGGCUCCUUCUUACCGCAAUGGUCAACCUGGUCCUCCAUGCAUGAUUAUCUUCUCUCACAUGUCGGAAGAACGAGAUGGCCCGUCGUUGUUGAGAGCCUUGGCGAGUGCGGUCGAGCGGAACGAUAUACGAGGACCUGAGAUGGUGUUUACAACGUACCAGGAAAGACGUGACGGAAGUAUUCGACCCGACAAGACUCUGAAGCCUCCGGACAAGUUACUGGCGGAUCUUCCAAAACAGUACUGCGGCCUCUGGAAAUCGAUUUUUCCCAAUGCAAGCACCAGAUAUUUAGCUUCCAUUGAAGAAGCAUUGGAAUAUGCAGAGAGAGCCAGCUUGCAGAGAGACGGUCUGCAAGUAUUGGUGACGGGUAGCUUGCACCUGGUUGGUGGUGCACUUUACUUGCUGCAACGGUGGAAGCAGACGAGCAGUGAUCGGUAA